AUGGCUCUGACCGUGUGUGUGAGGAGACUAACAGGGCUUCCAGGCACUCAUGACCGACAAGUGAAGCUCAGUUUUCGGGGUUUUACCCAGAAAACAAGAAAAAUUCAUUGUGGUCAAGAAGCUGAUGUCAGUGAGCUGUUCCGCUGGCCCCAUUAUGGGGCUCCACUCACUGGGGAAAGUCUAUCUGUGCAGGUGGUCAACUGCAGUCGUGUGUUCAGCUCCAGGCCUUUGGGGACCCUGGUGAUCUCCCUGCAGCAACUACAGAGUGCUGGGCGUUUGGUGCUACGGGAGGCCCUAGUGGAUGAAAACCUGCGAGUGUCCCCUAUCCAUGUGGAGCUUGACUUGAAGUAUCCCCCAGAGGGCGCUGCUGGAGCCUGGGCAGAGGAGGACUUCGGGGCACUCAUCCGGGAUAGCUCAGAGUUGAUCAUCCACAAUGUGGGCUUCCAGGAGCUGGAGCCAGGGGAGGCCCAGCUGGAGCGGCGGGCAGUAGCUCUGGGCCGCAGGCUUGCUCGAAGCCUAGGCCCACAGGAUGAUGAUGAGAAUGAGCUGGAGCUGGAGCUGGAGUUGGACCUGGAAGAUGAGCCUGAUGUGGAGCUUUCUGGGGUUGUGUUCAGCCCCCUCAAGAGCCGAGCCCACGGCCAGGCCGGUGGGGAUCCUUUCCAAAUGUCCAGAGCACAGGACUUCCAGGUAGGGGUCACCGUGCUGGAGGCCCAGAAACUAGUGGGAGUCAACAUUAACCCCUAUGUGGCAGUGUGCGUUGGGGAGCAGCGCCGUGCCACGGCCACACAGCGUGGGACCAAUUGCCCCUUCUACAACGAGUACUUCUUGUUCGAAUUUCAUGAGACCCAGCUUCGCCUUCAAGACUUGCUGCUGGAGAUCACGGUUUUCCAUUCGCAGUCCCUCCCCUUUAUGGCCACCCGGAUAGGCACCUUCAGGAUGGACCUGGGCAUUGUCUUCGACCAGCCAGAUGGCCACUUCUAUCAAAAAUGGGCUCCUCUGCAUGACCCCCAGGACACCCACGCCGGGACUAAGGGUUUCGUUAAGGUCACCUUGUCCGUGAGGGCACGCGGAGACCUGCCCCCUCAACUGCCAGUCCUGGGCCCAGGGCACAGUUCAGACAUCGAGAAGAACCUGCUCCUGCCGCGCGGGAUACGAGCAGAGAGGCCGUGGGCGCGGCUCCGCGUGCGGGUCUACCGCGCCGAGGGGCUUCCAGCACUGCGUCAGGGGCUACUAGGCAGUUUGGCCCGCACCCUGCACGACCAGCGCAUCCUCUUGAACCCCUACGUACGGGUGUCCUUCUUGGGGCAGCAGGGCGAGACGUCGGUGCGCAGCGAGGCGGCGGCGCCCGAGUGGAACGAGCAGCUGAACUUUGUGGAGUUGUUCCCACCGCUGACGCGCGGACUUCGCCUGCAGCUGCGGGACGACGCGCCCCUGCUUGAUGUGGCCCUCGCCACGCACGUGCUGGACUUGAAGCAGAUCUCCCACCCCGGCCGCGCGGCCGGGUUUAACCCCACCUUUGGCCCAGCCUGGAUACCCCUCUAUGGCUCGCCCCCUAGCAGGGGGGUCCGGGAUGGUCUUCAAAGUCUCAAUGAAGGCGUUGGCCAAGGCAUUUGGUUCCGCGGUCGGCUUCUGGUGGCUGUGUCCCUGGAGGUGUUUGAAGGGAGAACUGAGCCUGAGCCCCCUCAGGCCCUCCAGGGGUCCAGGUUGUCCCGACUCACCGGAAAGAAGAAGAAGAAAGCCAGGCGGGGACAGAUCCCAACCGGGGUUCCGAAGCAAGUGGACACCAGCUCCAGUGCAGAAUCUCCUGAGAUUCCUAGUGCUAUGGAGGUCGAGGUGGAGGAGUUGCUGCCCCUGCCAGAGAAUGCCCUGGCACCCUGUGAAGAUUUCCUGCUUUUUGGCGUGCUCUUUGAGGCCACCAUGAUUGACCCUUCUAUGACCUUGCAGCCCAUCAGCUUCGAGAUUUCCAUUGGUUGUGCAGGCCGCAGAGAGGAGCAAUUGGGUCAAGGGUCCAGGACUGGGGAGAGAACUGAGGGCACCCUGGGGGAAGCUCAGCCUCUGCUGGAAUCCGAAGAUAUGGGGACUGGUCUGGAAGAGGAGAAGGAGCUGGGAACUCCUGCUCAGAGACCUGAACCUGUAGAUGGCAGUGGGGUAAGUUCUCCUGAUGAACCAUACCUUUGCUUGCCCCUGCGUCACCGCAAGCCCUGCGUGCAUGUGUGGAGCUGCUGGGAAGAUUACACAUGGCGCCUGCAGAGCAGCAACUGUGUGCACAAAGUGGCUGAGAGGCUGAACCAGGGACUGCAGGAGGUUGAGAAGAUGCAGCGCAGACCAGGACUGGGUGCCUGCACACGACUCAAGCAGGCUUUGGAGGAACUAGUGGCUGGGAGCAGACAGUUUUGCCGCAGUGCUGAGCGUAGGACGAUGACCCAGCCCAACACCUUGGAUCGAUGCCGAGGGAAACUGCUGAUGCACAGCCUGAACCUGUUGGCAAAGCAAGGACUGCGGCUUUUACGGGGUCUGAGACAGGCCAACGUGCGAAAGAAGGUGACAUUGGCCAGGAAGCUCCUUGCAAAACUGCGCUUUCUGGCUCAGGAGCCCCAACCACCCCUUCCCGAUGUGCUGGUCUGGAUGCUCAGCGGGCGCCGCCGUGUAGCCUGUGCCCGGAUCCCUGCCCAGGAUGUGCUGUUCUCUGUGGUGGAGGAGGAGCGGGGCCGGGACUGUGGGAAGAUCCAGAGUCUGCUGCUCACAGCACCAGGGGCAGCCCCUGGGGAGGUCUGUGCCAAGCUGGAGCUCUUCCUGUGGCUGGGGCUGGGCAAGCAAGCCAAGGCCUGCACCUCCGAGCUGCCCCGGGACCUGCUGCCGGAGCCCUCGGUGGGGCUGCCCCGUAGCCUGUACCGGGAUGACUUUAGCUACUUCCAGCUCCGCGCUCACCUAUACCAGGCCCGAGGCGUGUUGGCAGCAGAUGACAGCGGCCUCUCUGACCCCUUUGCUAGAGUCCUCAUCUCUACCCAGUGCCAGACCACACGGGUUCUGGAGCAGACACUGAGCCCCAUGUGGGAUGAACUCUUGGUAUUUGACCAGCUGAUCGUGGACGGGAGGCGGGAGCACUUGCAGGAGGAACCUCCAUUAGUGGUCAUCAAUGUCUUUGAUCACAAUAAGCUUGGUCCCCCAGUGUUCCUGGGCAGGGCACUGGCUGCCCCGAGAGUAAAGCUGGUGGAGGAGCCAUACCAACGCCCUGAGCUGCAGUUCUUUCCCCUGAGGAAGGGACCCUGGGCAGCCGGAGAGCUCAUUGCCACCUUUGAACUCAUUGAACUGGACUAUAGUGGCCGACUUGAGCCCUCAGUGCCUAGUGACGUGGAGCCCCAGGAUCUGACACCCCUGGUCGAGCCCCUCUCGGGACGCCUGUCCCUGCCACCCAGUGUGCGCCCCGUGCUCAGGGAGUUCCGUGUUGAGGUGCUGUUCUGGGGUCUCAGGGGCCUCGGGCGUGUGCACCUGUUUGAGGUAGAGCAGCCCCAGGUGGUGCUGGAAGUGGCUGGGCGACGUGUGGAGUCUGAGGUCCUGGCCAGCUACCGCGAGAGCCCCAAUUUCACUCAGCUCGUCACACAUCUGACAGUGGACUUGCCAGAGCAGCCUUACCUGCAGCCCCCACUGAGCAUCCUGGUGAUCGAGCGCCGGGCCUUUGGCCGCACUGUCCUCGUGGGUUCCCACAUUGUUCCCCACAUGCUGCGAUUCAUACUUCAGGGUCACGAGGAUCCCCCUGCGGAGGAAGGAGCAGAGGAGGAGACGGUGGGCCUGGUACCCCAGGAACCUCUAGGACAGUUGGCCCUGGAUUCCCUUUUGGCUGACUCUGGGAGAUCCAGACGGCUCCUGAAGGCUCCCCUGAAGAAGUUUACCCUAGGAGGCCUCCUGAGUCAAGGCCCUGAACUGGAGGAGGACAUCCCGGACCCUGAAGAGCUCGACUGGUGGUCCAAGUACUACGCCUCACUGCAGGAGCUCCAGGGUCAGCCCAGUCUUGAUGAGGAUGAAAUGGAUGAGCCUGGGGAAUCUGAUGGGGUCAACUUCAUUUCUAUGGAUGGGGAGGUCAAGGACCAGGGUGAGGCUGAUGUCAGAGGCUUUGUAUCUCAGAAAAAAGCAAUUGCCACCCUGAAGAUCUACAACAGCUCCCUGGAGGAAGAGUUUCACCACUUUGAAGACUGGCUGCAUGUGUUUCCCCUAUACCGAGGGCAAGGGGGCCAGGAUGGAGAUGGAGGGGAAGAGGGGUCUGGACACCUUGUGGGCAAGUUCAAGGGCUCCUUUCUCAUUUAUCCUGAGGCAGAGGCCGCAUCCUUUUCUGAGCCCCAGAUCUCCCGGGGCCUCCCACAGAACCGGCCCAUCAAGCUCCUGGUCAGAGUGUAUGUUGUAAAGGCUACCAAUCUGGCUCCCGCAGACCCCAAUGGCAAAGCAGACCCGUACGUGGUGGUGAGCACUGGCAAGGAGCGCCAAGACACCAAGGAGCGCUACAUUCCCAAGCAGCUGAACCCCAUCUUUGGAGAGGUCCUGGAACUAAGCAUCUCUCUCCCGGCUGAGCCAGAAUUGACUGUGGCUGUGUUUGAUCAUGACCUCGUGGGUUCUGACGACCUCAUCGGGGAGACCCACAUUGAUCUGGAGAAUCGAUUCUAUAGCCACCACAGAGCAAACUGUGGGCUGGCUUCCCAGUAUGAUGUGGAUGGGUACAACGCCUGGCGUGAUGCGUUCCGGCCUUCACAGAUCCUAGCGGGGUUGUGCCAACGCUGUGGCCUCCCUGCUCCUGAAUACCGAGCUGAGGCUGUCAAGGUGGGCAGCAAAGUCUUCCUGACACCACCUGAGACUCUGCCCCCAGGUGGCCGUGGUCCCCGGGUGGCCAGUGGAGCCCCUGAGGAGGCCCAGGCACUGCUCGUGCUGCGGCGUUGGCAGGAGAUGCCAGGGCUCGGCAUUCAGCUUGUCCCCGAGCAUGUGGAAACCCGGCCCCUCUACCAUCCCCGCAGCCCAGGGCUGCUGCAGGGAUCUCUUCACAUGUGGAUUGAUAUCUUCCCCAGCGAUGUGCCUGCCCCUCCUGCAGUUGACAUCAAGCCUCGGAAGCCAAUCAGCUAUGAGCUCAGAGUUGUCAUCUGGAACACAGAAGAUGUGGUUCUGGAUGAUGUGAAUCCACUCACUGGAGAGAUGUCAAGUGACAUCUAUGUGAAAAGCUGGGUGAAGGGGCUGGAGCAUGAUAAACAGGAGACAGAUGUCCACUUCAACUCCCUAACUGGGGAGGGGAACUUCAACUGGCGCUUUGUGUUCCGCUUUGACUAUCUGCCCACCGAGCGGGAAGUAAGUGUCCGGCGGCGGCCUGGACCCUUCGCUCUGGAGGAGGCUGAGUUCCGGCAGCCGGCAGUGCUGGUCCUGCAGGUCUGGGACUAUGACCGCAUCUCCGCCAACGACUUCCUUGGAUCCCUGGAGCUGCAACUGCCAGACAUGGUGCGGGGCGCCCGGGGCCCCGAGCACUGCUCAGUGCGGCUGGCCAGAGACGGGGCUGGGCCAAGGUGCAAUCUGUUCCGCUGUCGCCGAUUGCGGGGCUGGUGGCCUGUAGUGAAGCUGCGGGAGGCGGAGGACAUAGAGCGUGAGGCUCAGGCCGGCAAGAAGAGGCGGAAGCAGAAGAGGAGGAAGGGCCGGCCAGAAGACCUGGAAUUCACAGACACGGGUGGGAACAUCCACAUCCUCACAGGGAAGGUGGAGGCCGAGUUUGAACUUCUGACUGUGGAGGAGGCUGAGAAGCGGCCAGUGGGGAAGGGGCGGAAGGAGCCUGAGCCCUUGGAGAAGCCCAACCGCCCCAAAACCUCCUUCAACUGGUUUGUGAACCCACUGAAGACCUUUGUGUUCUUCAUCUGGCGCCGUUACUGGCACAUCCUGGUGCUGCUGCUGCUGCUGGCGCUCAUCACCAUCUUCCUUCUUCUGGUCUUCUACACCAUCCCUGGCCAGAUAAGCCAGGUCAUCUUCAGCCCCCUCCACAAACCCUCUGACUAGCUGACCGGGACACUCAUCUCAUGGCACCAACCCUUUAACUCCCGCCCAGGAAUCCCUCCUGUCAAUAUGCAU